UUGGGAAGAUGUGGUGGCUGGACCUCAGCCUGACCGUGGCCUUGGCCGCCUCCGUAAUAAGAUCACCACCCAACCCAUUAAUAUCAAAGGAGAAGGGAGUAGUAAGGUGAUGCAUAGGUCGUUGACUAUGCCUGCGGCAGUGAGCCCCGGAACUCCGACGACUCCGACCACUCCAACAACGCCACGUAAGGAUAACGUGUGGAGGAGCGUCUUUAAUCCCGGAAGCAACCUCGCCACUAGAGCCAUCGGCUCCAACAUCUUCGAUAAACCCACGCAUCCAAAUUCUCCAUCUGUCUAUGACUGGUUGUACAGCGGUGAGUCAAGGAGUCAGCACCGUUAGGGGUUGGUCUGGAUGGAGUGUGUGUGACAUGCGGGUGAGGUGAUGUAAAUACGGUGACCAGAUCUUCCGCCACUUGUCUGUUUACUUACUUUUUUUAACCUUUAAGUUAUUUGUUGUGUACUUUAUGAGAGAGUUGGUAGGGUUUACUUUUUCUUAGUGUACAUAAAACUGUCUUCUGCCUACACAAUGCGUGUUAGCUUUCUGUUUUUGGGAUGUGUUUGCAAGUUUCUUUUUUUGACUUGUGUAGUUGCAAGUGGCGCUUGGAUCUUUCACUGUCUCGUUGGAUUUUGUCGGUGGUGAUGCUGUGGCUUUAAUGUUAAAUAAAUAAGCGUAAUUUUGUUACUA